AUUGCACUUUGAUCCUCGCACUUGCAAACGGAAGUAAAGGAAGUUUUCUCGGUAAGCUGAGUGAAGGACAGAUGUUUUCGGCUGUUGGAGGAGUUGGUGCUAAAUCCUUCUGAAAAACGGCAACAAUGACCGUGGAGCGGAGCAGAUACUGAGAGAAAGUGGGUUGUUGUUGCCAGGAAAGCUCAUCUUUCAUCCUCGCUGAGUCCAGGAGCGUCAGAGACGUCAUUUCUUCCAGGUUGAAGCGACUUCAAAGUGAUUCUGACUGGUCUGAAGAAAAGCAGUGCUGACUAAUGAUGUAUGGAAACAAUGGUCCUUUCUCCUAUUCCCCAAGGGGUUUCUCACAGGAAGACUUCAACCUGCAGAGACGUACUUUCCAUCAAGAUGACCUCAAGCCUUCUCCACUGCAGAGAAACGACAUGUCCAGACCCAGUGGAAGAAAUAUAUACAUGCAGAGAAAAGAGUAUUCGGACAAGCUGAACAGACAAUCCGACAACUUUCACGUCAGAGUGGAGCAUCUGUUCACCUGUGAGCUGGACGGCAGAGACCUGAGGACAGAGAACGACUGCGUGGCCAAGCUCAAGAGGCUGGAUGCCAAAGGUCGCCUGUGGCCUCAAGACAUGAUCAUGGAGGUUCAGGGGGGAUAUCUCGUUCUCAGCGACAUCGAAACCAAGACGGAGCUGGAGUCGAUUAGUUUGAUUUCCAUCAUGCAAACCAAAGCCGUGCUGGACAGCUGCGCCUACAACUCCGUGCUGACAGUAACUGUGCAGGAACGCAACAAACGCAACCGUCAGGUCUUCUUGUUUCAGUGUGAGGAAACUGGGGCACAGCUCAUCAAGAGUGAUCUGGAUAAGAUAAUCCAAAAAGGUGGAAGUGAUGAUGCGUCCAACAUCAGGAGUCAUCUCGAAAAUAUCAUCGCUCAACAUACUCCAGGAAGCUUCCGGAACCCUAGUCCCCGUCCAGUUCAGCGAGCGAGGUCCCCGUCGCCACCGACCCAUCCGCCCCCACAGUGGGGCAACAGAGAGCCAGUAAAUAUGCCUCCACCAGGGAUCUACAGCUCGCCAGAGGAAACAUUUCACCCUCCUGAUCGUCAUGAACUUCAGGAGAUGCAUGAGCGGGCUGAAGCGGAAAGGAAAACGGAGAUUCUAAACCAUGUUUUAGAUGACUUGGAGAUCUUCAUUAACAAGCUGUCGGCUGUAUUUAAUGCACCCCCACCGCAAGAAGACAACAAGAAAAAGAAAAAAGAGACAUCGUUUCUUUCAGGAAAAGCCAAGAAGAAGAACGCAAAAAAAAAUGGUAAUGUCCUUGACUAGUUUGUCUUCUCACAG